AUGUCGUUUAGCAACUCGACCGAUCUUGCGCUUUUUGACCAGGCACACGAUCUACAGCGUAGAGGGAUUGGAGACACGAUCAUCAAAUAUCUCAAGAAGGGAAUCCAGGCUCUGCCGCCUUUGUGCGAGCUCGGCAAUAUUUUCGAUCUUUUCAACGUGGACCCGAAUGACACUUCACUGCUCAGCGAGCUGGAAGGGUUAGCAGGCGCCCUUUGUUCUCUCAUCGUGCCAAAGCGUAACAACAAUAACAAGCGAAUGCUUUCGCUGCCAUACGCUGAGGAAAGGUUCGCGAUUGAUGGUGGGUCUAUGGAACGCAAGAUCGAACUCAGUCCCUUCGCGCUCUGUUACAUCGAAGAGACCGAGCUUGCACAUCAUCGCUCAUGCGUCUGGUCCGGCAAUGUCAACCGCAGCGAUAUUUGGUCCUCGCACGUCGCAGACGACAGCAGCUUGCGCCAUGUGCCGGUCGCGCUCGCCAUCCUGAGUGCAUUACACUUGCUCGCAGCCGCGAUCGCCGUCACACAACUCAUCAGGAACAUCUCAGGGCAUCGACUACAUCCAUCGUUACAUCACUCGAUGCGAAACGCAGCGACAGUCGCAAUACUCAUCCUGUGCGAGAUGGCCGUGCUGCUCAUACUCGCAUUCCGUCUUGGCCCACCUGGAUCUGUUCGCUUUGCUUCGGGCUUCGAUGCGCUCACGGGUACAACUGCACUCGCCAUCCUUGGCAUGGUCACGACAGAUCGCUCAGAAGACCAAGCAUAUGCCUACGAAUCCGCAUCUGAUCCCUACGAAGUCGUAUUGAGCGACGACGAAAAGACCAAUACCCCCGUCUAG